CGAGUAGUAAACAUCUAAACAAUUUUGUAAUUUCAAACCAAAAAUUUCAUUCUGAAAUUAUUACACUUGAUAAGGAUUCCAGAACAAAGAUCUACAUCCAGAUCUGUAGAGUUGAAGAAUAAGAAAAUCGGUAAAAAAAGUAAGGACCAGUAACACUUGCGUUUGGUAACGAUUCCUAAAACUUCCAAAUCGUGUAAAUACUUUAGAAAAUAACUAAGGAGGCAUAUCAGAAAUAAUGGAACAACAAGUUCUUUCCAUUGUAGAAGAACAGAUUGCUUAUAAGGACAACGGUGAGGUCCAAAGAGCUGAGGCGAUAAUUUCACCUUCUACAUUACCACAAAAAUCUGAAGAACCAGUUGAGGUGUUAGAAGUUCGUCAUGAACAGGUUGGUAAAAGUGGAAUAAGUUUUGAAAUAAUAAUUGCUGAAGCCACAACACUUCCACAUACAUCGCAACGUUUGCUGCAAUCCGGUAAGCAACUUUCUGCUAAAGAAAUUCAGCAAAAAUUGUCAACUGCUGAGAAAAGACGCUGCUGUUAUAUUGAAGUUAUUCGUGCGAGGGCUACAAAAGUUAUACAGAAAGCAGAAUUGGCUAUUAAACGCAAAGCUGAAAUGAAGUCCAACUUUCUUGAUCGUUCACGUUAUAACUCCACCACUCGUCUCAAGGAAUGCGCUGAUAGGCGCAGUUAUUACUUAAGAAAUUACUUGCGAAAGUUGCGUUCGGAUGCUCAAACAGAGCAACAGAAUACGAAGGUGCAGCUUCUGGAGGACGUGAUGCAGUCAUACAAGAGGGAGCAAUCGCAGGAUAUACAGAGUUAUUCCAUAUUCGAAUGUGAUGUAUCAAAAUCGGAUCGAAAAGGAGAUUUAUCAAAUUCUAAUGAAAUGUGUGUUCCUGGUGGUGCUGUUAAGAUGUCACCUUAUUUUGGGCAUCCGUGUGACGCUGUUGGAAAGAAAUUCUAUGAGGGUAAUACUAAAGCUUAUCACUCUUGUGAAUCUGAAGUCAAGAGUCGUGGUGAAACUGAUGAAACUGGAGCAAUCACAAAACGUUUGGAAGGUGUUCCACAAGAUGUUGAAGCACAUUGCCUUUAUUAAUAUCUGUAGUAAGCUGCGGAUAUUACUAGAACUAAUAUCGUUAUAUUUUAGAAGUUUCUAGUUUUACUUUUUGUUUAUAAUUGAUUAAUUUUAUUUAAUAUUCUCGUUUUUUUUCUGAUACGUAUUAAAGAAGCUGUUAAUGAAA